CACACUCUCACUUUUAAACCGCGUUUUUAAGGUUUGUACGCUACGCGUACUUGACCUUAUAACGUGUUGCACCUGAUUUGUUUGCAUAUUGUCGUUUGGAAAAAUCAUGGCUAUAUGUGAAGAGAACUUUCAGAAUAACGGCGAAUCAUCCUCUCAGCUCGAUGAUCAUGAUUUUCCUGCUCUUCCAAAGACAGGAUCUGCUCGUCCAGUUAAGAUUCCUGGUGCAAUAUUACCUUCGUUUCAUACAAAAACUACGGAAAUUUUGGAAAUACCGUUUGAGGAAAGGCGGUUUGUGAACCAGGAGAGCGACAACUCUGUAGCUGGUAGGAGGUACAAUGUUCAAAGCAAAAUAUGCAUGGAAAUUGCGAGAGACACAAAUGUUGAGAUGAAUCUUAACAGCUCCAAAAACCAAAUUCUAACGAUUAUCAUCUCGGGGGAACCUAGCAGGGUUGCCGAAGCCAAGAAGAGAGUUACAGCAGAAUUACAGCAACAGGAAGCUGUUCGAAUUCCUGUUCCUGUUGAAUAUCGUGGAUAUUUAAUUGGUCGGAAAGGUGAACGAUUACAAGAAUUGGAGUCUUCUACAAUGACAAGGAUUAGCAUACCUCCCAACAAUGCACUUGAUCCAAAUGUAGUCAUAGUGACAGGUCCCAGAAGAGGAAUUUUAGAAGCAGAGCAUUUGAUAAAUGAAAUUGUUCGCAAGCAAUCCCAGCAAGGUUUCGAACGGUUAUCAAUACCCAAAAUUUACCAUCCCUUUAUUUGCGGCCCGAACAACCAAUUUGUAAAUGAUUUAAAAUCUCGGACUGAUACAAAAAUCAACAUUCCCCCUCCUAGUGUGCCAGCUGAUGAAAUAACAAUAUCGGGUAAGCGUGAUGGUGUUGCACAGGCAGUAAAAGAGGUCCAAGCAAUAUAUCACCAACAGCUUCAAACUACGAAGACCAUCACUGUGAAGGUAGCCAGGUCACAACACCGUAUUAUAUAUGGUCCACGUGGUUCUGGCGUUGCAGAUAUCCUAGCUCAGACUGGUGUCUCAGUGGAAUUACCGAUGGAUGAGGGUAAUGAGGAAGUUGUUUUGCGGGGAAAGCCUGAAGAUCUUGGACGUGCUCUUUCCAUGGUUUAUGAACGAGCUCAAAGCACUAUAUUGGAAGAAAUCGAAGCACCUAAUCGGUUUCACAGACUUUUAAUUGGAAGAGGGGGCGCCAGUUUAACAGAAUUACUGGAGGGAUAUAAGCGAGUCCAAGUGAAUUUUGGAGAAAACUCUGAUAAGAUUUUUGUUGAAGGUCCUUCCGAAGAAGUUGAGGUUAUUGUCAAGCGUCUACGCAAUCGUUUAGCUGAAUUACAAGCUACUGUUGCCACGGUGACGAUGAGGGUGGAUCCUAAAUACUACCGACAUAUCAUUGGAAAAAAUGGUGCUACCAUUGGUCGUCUACGGGAAUACAGAGUGCGAGUAUGGCUUCCUAAUUCAGAACGUGGUGAUUCUUUCGCUUGUGAUGAAAUAGUGAUAGAAGGUGAUCCAGUAGGAGUGGAAAAGGCAAAGCUGGAGAUUCAACAACUUGUAGAGAAGUUGGAAAAUGAGAAAUGCAAAGAUGUAAUUAUUGAUCCGCGCAUUCAAAAUCUGCUGCGCUCGAACUCGAAUGGAACGCCUCCGUAUAUUCGUACAAUUUAUGAUGCAUUCCCGCAAGUGCGUAUUAUUUGGCCAGAAAAUGAUUCCGACGAUUCAAUGUUUGCAGAAAAUCCAACUAAAAGUAUUGUUCAACUUCGAGGUGAUCGUCAGCAAGUUGAUGGAGCGAGUGAAAAGUUACAUAAGCUUAUCAAGCUAGUAAUUGAGGAGAACUACAGACAAGAGAUACAUAUCUUUAAGGAGAUACGACCUGCUUUUCUUGGUCGUGAAUUCCCAAAAGUGCGUAAACUGCUUGAUGAUACGCAUACACGUCUUCAAUUUCCUAAUCCCAGUUCUGAUUCUGACGUGUUCACUGUAAUUGGACGAGAGGAGAAUGUACGACAAGCAAUAGAACAACUAGAAGCAAUGCAAAAGAAACUAGCUUGCGUCAAAGAAGUGACUGUUUCAAUUCCAUCUGCCUUGACAACAAAGUUUGCAGGUGAUCAAGCGCCCAGCCUUCGAUCGAUUUGUGAACAAUGUGAAGGUGUUCAUAUGCGAUUUGCUAACAAAAAUGCCAAAACCCAGUCGAAUCGAAUGGCUACGAAUAAAUUGAGUCAUAUGGAUGUUAUAGUCCUUGGACCUGAGAAAGAAGUUGAUCAAGCAUGUGCUCUCUUAGCUGAACUCAACGCUAAAGUGUCCCAGUUAUGUGCUGAAGUAAGUAUUCAGAGGCAAAAUUUUCAUUUACUCUAAAUCUGUUUCAUCAUUUAUGGAAUCUAGAUACACAUAGUCUUUGUAAAGAUAAAAUGGGACAGUUUGGUUGGCCUUAGUCACGGGAUGGGUUUUGAGCUUUAUUGUCAUAGUGAUCUGCAAGGUAACUAAUACCUUUUUUAUAAUUUAAUUAUUACGGGUGAAAAUUUGUUACAGUAGCGCCAAGGUAACAACUUGCAGCUUCAUUGGUUUACAAAUGCUAUUCAAAAGGGUGACAACUCACUUCAGUCCAGUCGAAACGAGAAAACAACUAUCGAAAUAUUAUUUGAAAAAAAGGUCACCCAAACAAUCUCGUCAAAUAGUGCCUAUGAUAGCGUCACAUAAAUUUGCCUUUUAAGGUAUAUGAUUGUGACGUCCUAAAUCUCAUGAAAAGACUAGUCUAUCAAAUAGCUAGUAGGCAACUAAGACCAGAAAAGAAUCACCUAAAUAUGCAAACCCGCGAGUGUUUUCUUUGUGCUGUCGCAAUAAAGCCAAUGCCAAAAUCGUACAACUUAAACACGUACUCUGUUAAACCUACUGAUACUGUGACUAUGCCAGAAUGAACGUCCUGGAGACCAAAAUGAUAAGUGUACAAUAUAUAUCAAAGAACACCGAAAACUCAUCAAAGUCAAGGUAACUACAAUAACAAUAACGAUGAAAAACGGACAUAGAACUUAACUACAUAUGCCUACGGAUCAUUUUAGUUGGCUGGGCUGUGUGUCGUGGUUAGUUUAUUGGACAAUGUGCAAGCACGUUGAUGUUCGUUGUCGAC